AUGGCGAAUUCAGACUAUGCCACUGCUCCAGUUCAAAUUCUCAGAGUCAACAACAGUACGUUUGCCUACAGACUCUUCGGCACCAGCAAGCAAGAAGACGACGUCCCUCUACUUCUACCAACGCACUUCCGCAGCCGCCUGGACUUCUGGGAUCCGGCCCUGAUCGACGCCCUCGCAUCUCAGCGGAGACUUCUUUUGCUAGACAACCACGGCAGUGCGGAUCCUCAGUCCCUCAAAGGCAGCAAAAGAACUGCAAGACUGGAUCCACGACGCACACAGACGUCCUCGCACUCGACGGCCUUGUCUUUCAAGUUCUGGGCAAGCGAAAUCAGUGCGUUGAUCAUGGCCCUCGGUUUUAAGCAAGUCGAUGUAUUGGGAUUCAGCAUGGGCGGCUUCAUCGGACAGAUGUUAGCCCUUGACGCGCCCCCAGGGUUGGUCAGAAAACUCAUCCUUGCGGGCACCGCCCCGAGUCAGGGACCAGGUGUAGAAAGCGGCGACAUGCACUGUUUCCAGAAUCUGACGAAUGCGACGACGGAUGGCGACGUCAAGGCUGGCUUCCUCGCCGGCUUCUUUGGACUUGGUGAAGAGAGACAGAAAACCGGGGAGAAAUGGUGGAACCGGAUCACGAGCUGCUCUUCGAUGUGGCCGUUCGUGUCGACCAACGACCUCGACGGACAAAUUACAGCGAUGAUGAGGUGGUACGGUCUCAACCACCGCGAUGAAGGCUCUUAUGACCGACUGGGCGAGAUCCGGUGUCCUGUCCUGAUCUUGUGCGGUCAGAGGGACAAACUUGUGCCGGAACAGAACAGCAUUCUGCUGUGGCAGAAGAUCAGCCAGACCAAUCCCAACGUACAUAUCCAUAUGUACCCGGAGUCGGGCCAUGGUUUUAUGUUCGAAUAUCAUCACCAUUGUGCGAGACUUGUCAAUGAAUUUUUGGAUGAAGAGGUAAAAGUGCAGUGUACAUGCGAGUACUGCCAAUAUUGA